CCCCCCCAUCUCAUCUUCUCAUCUUUCAGCUCUUUCAGGCUGAGCUUCCUUUCCUUCAUCUUCCUUGUCCUUUACUUCUGUCCAUCCUUCUUUUUUUUUUUUGCUUCUCCCUCACUUUGUCAUCUUGAACCUCCUCGCCUCUCCCAGCAGCAGCAGAGGAUGACGCUUCAGUGAGAGGAGAGGAGGGCGAGCGAAGUGAAGCAAAGGUGUAAUCCAGAGGGAGAAAAGGACAACGAGGAGGCGAGAAAGGGUCGAGGAGGGGGAAGUGGCAGAAAGGGGCAAAAAAGGAUAACCAGUGGAUGGAGGCGGCGCGGACUGAGGCUGAGGAGCACUCUUUACUGACGAAGAAGAACAGCAGCAGCAGCCGCAGGGGGGAGAGGAGAUGGAGACCAAAGGGAGAAACAUGCCCCCAGACAUUAGUUUUCUUCCACGACCGGCAAUGAUCUGGUGUGAGCGCGGCAUCCAGGUGCUGCUGACCACCAUGGGUGCCUUUGCCGCCUUCGCCCUAAUGACGGUUGCCAUCGGUACUGACUACUGGCUGUAUGCCCGAGCCUUCAUCUGCAACAGCACGGCUAACUCAUCUCAGGAGGACUCCAACAACAAGGACAAGAAGGACCCCGGGGCCCUCACCCACUCUGGCUUGUGGAGGAUCUGCUGCUUGGAAGGCCUGAAGAGAGGCGUGUGCUCACAAAUCAAUCAUUUCCCAGAUGACGCCGACUAUGACCAGGAUGCUGCCGAGUAUCUGCUGCGUGUGGUGAGAGCGUCCAGCAUCUUCCCCAUCCUCAGUGCCACAUUGCUUUUGAUGGGCGGUGUCUGUGUUGCCUCUAGCAGUUUCUACAAAAGCAAGCGGAACAUUAUUCUGGGCGGGGGGAUCCUUUUUGUGGCGGCAGGUCUCAGCAACAUAAUUGGAGUGAUCGUUUACAUCUCAGCAGCUCUCAGCGACAUUUCUCCCAAGAAAGACGAGGACAAGAAGUGGCACUAUUCCUAUGGGUGGUCAUUUUAUUUUGGCGGUCUCUCGUUCAUUCUGGCUGAGAUGGUUGGCGUUCUAGCUGUAAACAUCUACAUCGAGAAGAAUAAGGAGCUCCGCUGCCGCUCUCGUACUGACCUCUUCAAGAACACCACCCAUGCUGUGCUGCGCCUGCCCAGCUACCGUUUUAGGCGGCGUUCCCGCUCCAGCUCCCACUCCACUGACCCACCCCGCUCACAGGAGAACUCACCUGUUGGAGCUUCCAAGACCUUCAGUCUGCCGCCGUCUGCGCCGCCCUUCUCUGUGGCCACCCUCCCCAACCCGCACCACACUAGCGGUGGGGGUGGUGACAUCUCCAUGUACACCUUAUCAAGAGACUCAAAGCUGGGUAGCCUCGGUGGAGGAGCCCCACCUCUCUACGGCACGGUGGACCGCGCCACGCUCUAUCAGCUUCAUAACUACUUUCCAAAAGAGUCCAGCGGCAGUGGUGGGGGCGCCGGUGCAGUGAUAAGCAGUGGCACGCUUCCAUCCCAUUCCAAGUCCAACCUGGCAGCGGCACAGAAUACGGCACCACUGAAUACCUCGACAUCCGCAGCUGUGCCAGCCCAGUCAGCCCCGAUCUCUACUGCAACCAUGGAAAGGGACAGAGGCAACGUGGGAACCCUGGAUCGCCUGACAGCCAAAAGGGACAGGGAUAGCAACUCAGACACGCUCAACAGGAAAACAACGCCAGUUUAAAGAGAAACCUCAGAAAAAAGGUCUGGAGUUUAAACACAGUAGGGCUGAAGACAUGACGGUGACUUUUGAAUGGUUCUGUUCUUGAGCCUGGAGUGUCCAGCCGCCAUAGAUAUAAUCAAUAUCAUAAACAGUCAUAAAAACACAGCAUUUUACCUGUUACAGAUUUUAAAGGCAUCAGCUGUUGGAGAUUCAAGGUUGCAUUUUUUCAAAAUAGUGACAAUUCAUCACAAAUUCAAGAUCCUAUUGAGCUUUUUGACCCUUGGGUAAAAAAAGAAAAAGAAAAUGUAUUUUCCAACAAUAAAAUUCAACUGUUAGUUACUCUUUAAUGUAAUUUGCUCAACACCUAUAUUGGCUGUUAAAGAAACUCAUUUGAGAUAUUGGCUUUUGGUAUAUGGAAUAGGUUCUAUGAAGUGAUAAGGGGUGUCACAGUUAACCAACUGUAAUUGAUUUAAAUUUCUACAAUCCAACCAGACUGAGGUAAAUUGUUAAUGAAAUUGAUCUAUACCCUAAAAAAUCAUAUCAAAAAUGACAUAAAAUCGAUUAUAGCAAUCUUGGAAAAUACCAUUUAGACUGAGGUGCUGUAGGUUUAUUUUACUUUAAUGUAAAAACGACCAUGUUUAUCACAGCGGACAAUACAUGCAUUGUGGCAGCAAAAACAAAUCAACCAUUAUUACAGUCCAAUGUGUGUAAAAACUUUGAAUUUAGCAAAGACAUACAGUGUGGUAGAACGUUCUAAUUAUUAUCCCCUGGGCUGAACUAAAAUGUGAACGGAUUUGCCCUUAAUUCUUGUUUACUUGUUUAUUUGUACACAUUUAAUUUAGACAUGAUUAUCUUGCAAGAAAUACAAGGAAUCUGAAAAAUGUCACCUCCACAUUGGUGACAUUUUUGGAUAAAAAAGGUCCUGGAUUGAUUUUUAGGUCAGUGAAUUUGAUAGCUCAAAAUUAGGCAAGGCAAGGCAAGGCAAGUUUAUUUGUAUAGCACAAUUCGUACACAAAGUAAUUCAAGGUGCUUCACAAAACCACAAAAUUAACCGAUAUUGACUGAGAGUCAAAUACUCAACCAAAAAUUAUGACAUGAAUCAAAUUGUUAAAAAAAAUCAUUACACACCUGGAAUUGAUUUAGAUUAUAAGAAUGUUGGCUGAAUGUUUCUUGCUUUUUUUGCAAAGCACCUUGACAUAAUCUUGGUUGUUAAUUGGCGUUUUGUGGAUGUACCAAAUCAAAAAUGAGCUACUUUUUCCAAGUGUGCUUGUUGUGAUGAAAAACACCAAGGACCCAAAUAAAAGGAAGGUCAGUGUCCACAGAACAUUUAAAUCAGCAAAACUUGAAGCACGACACCCAGCAGAAAAUUCCAACUGCAGUGACAUUGUAAGGGCUCCCUAAAUACCUGCAACAAAAUAAAAACAGCUGCAACCAAUCAGGAGGACAGAAACCUGCAACAAACAAACAGCCAAGACAGUGACAUAUGUGAUAAUAAUGGGAUGUCAAAGUAAUACAAUGACAUUAACACAAUUAACGUAGGUCUAAAAACACAACUUGAACAAGAAAAAUAAAA